GCGAGCAAGGUCUGAGGCUCCGCUCCCCGAAACGUGACCAUGUGGAUUCAACAGCUUUUAGGACUCAGUUCCAUGUCCAUCCACUGGCCGGGCUGCUCCCUAGGAAGCCAUGCUUGGAUACUUAUAGCCAUGUUUCAGCUCGCCAUGGAUCUGCCCUCGUGUGAGUCCCUGGGCCCGGGCCCCGACUUCCGGCUCCUGCCCCGGCCGCCGCAGCGGCCGCCCCGGCUGUGGAGUUUGAAGAGCGGACAGGCGGCGCGCAUCCCGGUGCCCGUGUGGAGCCCGCGCCCGGCCCGCGUGGAGCGCAGCCACGGGCAGGUGCCGAGCCCGCGCGCCAAACGGGCGCACAGACCCAGGGACCAGGUGGCCGCCCUGGUGCCCAGAGGGGGGCUCGCCAAGCCCCCAGCCGCUGCCAAAUCCAGCCCUUCCCUUCGCUCCUCCUCGACGUCCCCAUCCCCCGCAGUGGGCAGCGGGGCCACCACGGACCAGCAGGCCCUCCUGUGGAGGGAGAAGAGGCACCUGCAGGGGGCCGGCUUCAACAGUUUUGAUUUCCGGGGCAGCAGGCCCACCACAGAGACGGAGUUCAUCGCCUGGGGCCCCACGGGGGAGGAGGAGGCCCCGGAAUCCAACACAUUUCCAGGGCUCUACGGCCCCACCACGGCCUCCAUCCCACAGACACGGAAGACAACUGUGGCCACCACCACCGCCCCCGCCACCACGGCCACCUCCACGACGCUGCAGACUAAGGGGGUCACUGAGCCCCUGGGCCCCAGGAAUAGAAUCCCAGUUGGGGUUAGCACAACGGAGCCUUCCACCAGUCCUAGCAAAGACGAUGGUGAAGACGUCAAGCCCCCACGGAUUCUGGGGGAGACCUCAGGUCUGGCUGUUCAUCAGAUUAUCACCAUCACUGUCUCCCUCAUCAUGGUCAUAGCUGCUCUGAUUACAACUCUUGUCUUAAAAAACUGCUGUGCCCAAAGCGGGAACACGCGUCGGAAGAGCCACCAGCGGAAGAUCAACCAGCAGGAGGAGAGCUGCCAGAACCUGACGGACUUCACCCCUGCCCGGGUGCCCAGCAGCCUGGACAUAUUCACAGCCUAUAAUGAGACCCUCCAGUGCUCCCACGAGUGUGUCCGGGCGUCCGUGCCCGUGUACACCGACGAGACGCUGCACCCGACAGCCGAGUACAAAUCCACGUUUAACGGGAACCGACCCUCUCCUUCUGAUCGGCAUCUUAUUCCUGUGGCCUUUGUGUCUGAGAAAUGGUUUGAAAUCUCCUGCUGACUGGCCGAAGUCUUGUUUACCUCCUGGGGGCAGGGCAGACGCCAUGUGUCUGUUUUAUGGAUUCCGUUGGUGAAC